GGUACUUAGAAGGCAACCAGGAAGUAAAUUACUUCUGACUUACACAGCUUUUAUUAUAAGGCAUUUAACAAAAUGGCUCAAAGCAAACUGGAAUUGUUUUUGAAAACGUUAAUAAGAUCUAAUUAUUCUGUUGAACAAAUACAAAUAACUGAAGAUGCAGAACAAGAGCUACAACUUGUAAAAGGAUCCAUCGGUGCGAACAUCAGUGCGGAUUUCGGAAUACUGCUGAAAGAUGUGGAGAAUAUAAUAAGGCUUUCUAAACUCACAACAGGUUUUAAUUCGGCAAAAAAACAGGCCAAAGACGCGUUGGAUAAGUUGCACAUUUAUUUAAAGUUUUUAAAGAAAGUUUUAAAAGAAAAGCCGGAACAAGCUGUUGAUGAUCGAAACUACUCCCGCAAGACAAAGGCUCGCAAAAGGAUACCCGAGCCCCAAAAGCAAGAACGUCCACACACAUCCACUAAGCGUUUGGAAAAAAGUUCAACUCGAGGUGGCUCGGGCGCAAACACACAAAAUGAUGCCCGUGAAAAUACUUGCGAUUUACUGGAGAGAAGUAAGAAAGCAGCAGCAGCUCUCGUCCAUGACAACCCAGAUAUAACGGACUUGAGUGACCCAAACAGACCAACGAAAACAGCUGAGCGUUUCUCUGAGCUGUAUGACAACGAAUGGACUGAUGCUUUUGAGGAAAAGAUUCGCAGUUCUCAAGUAGACGAGAAAAUAAUAAUUUUAGAUCUCUUAAAGGUCGUCAAGUCAGCGUAUAAAUACUGUACCACGGAAGCCGGACAACGGAUAGUGGACAAGACGGCAAAAGCUGUAGAUUAUCGUAACCAUUACCGAAAAGUAGAAGCUCAGAGGGCGAUACCAGAGAUCCAACAGAGUUUCCUGGAAUCGUCACGGAAAAGUAAAAAAGUUAUUCCUGGCCCAAAAGAAAUGGCUUUCAUGAACAACUGCGUUGAACUUUGCUGGUGGAUGUGCAUCCAGGAAAGACCAGUGUACAUGUGCAACGUUGAUGGUGAUACGCUGUUUAACCGCGACCUCUACCGCACAUACACCAAGUCCGGGACCCAGCUGGACUACAUUGUGUGGCCCGCAUUGACACUUUACGAGGACCCUCGAGAAUGUACAAGGACGGUCCUUUAUUGUAUCGUGGGAUCGCACAAUUUAUGUGAUUGUAGUGCUUUAUGAUAAAUAUUAUGUUUUAACAAUGUAGGAUAACAACAAUCGUCGGAAACUAGAGUAUAUAUUCUUUCAUCAAACAACCCUUAAGCUAUGCUGGUGGAUGUGUAUUCAAAACCCUCCUGUGUACAUGUGCAACGAUUGACCCACAAGAGGAGAUCAACGUCGACUAUUACCGCGCCUACACAAGUCCGGGUCCCAGCUGGACUAGAUUGUACGGCAUUGGCACUGUACAAUGACGGUCCUUUAUUGUACCGUGGGGUCACACAUUUAUGUGAUUGCUGUAGUUUUUUAAAUGAUGUUUAGUGUUACUUUAUUAUGUAUAUCCGUCCGGAAAAUCCAGGAUCACAGCUAGUCGUUUACGCGUUUGGCCCGUCACGAGGUUUACUAGGACGGGCCAUUGACGCAUAGUGUUUAUUUGUUUGAUCAUUGCGAAACUCAAGAUAUGUGAAACUAUGCACUACAAAAAAUAACAUAUAAGGAUAUAGCUAUUUUUUACUUUAAAAUAUUAAGUUUCAUCUAAAAAAAUCCCUACUUGUCAUGUGAUCUGAAACAAAGAUACUUGUAUUCCUUUAAAUCACGCUGUUGAUGUAUGCAUAACAAUGUUGUUCGUGUUUGAUAAAAAGUAAUAAAUUCCUAAUCAGAAUAAUAAAUAACAAACCUUAAGAUAAAAAA